AUGGCAAAACCAAUGCUUUUGUGCAACAAAUUGUAUGGAAAUGGACAAUACUUCUGGGCCACACAUUCCUUCCACAAUUUCACCCAAAGGAAAAAAAUGGAGAUCAAGGUGAAGUCGACGGAUUCAAAUGUAAAGAAAGCAAAUUUGUUUGCUAGUAAAAAGGAAAGAGUUAAUCUGCCAACAUAUGAUGAUGUUGUUGGGAGUAAAAAAUACCACAUCAGUGAAUUUUUAAGGCAGCCUAGUGGAAUUGCUGCAGUGUUGAACACAAAGGCCUUACAAUCAUUUCAAUCCCUUGAUGCUAACACAUACAGGUGUGAACUUCCUAAACUUAGGCUUUUGAACUUUGAAGCUUCUCCUUUCAUAGAUCUGCGGGUUACCUCAACAGAUGAAGAUUGCUUGGUUGAAAUGAUUUCUUGUAAGUUCGAGGGUUCAGAAAUUAUUGAAGAGCAAAACGACCACUUCUCAGCGUUCAUGAUAAAUUACAUGACAUGGAGUGAUGCGGAGGCUGAAUCAUUUUUGGAAGUUGAUGUGAAGUUGAAUCUCACACUUGAGAUAUAUACACUCCCAUUUACCAUGAUGCCUAUUUCAGCUGUUGAAGGUCCUGGAAAUAUAAUGAUGCAAGCUUUGGUGGACAAGCUGGUGCCACUGCUACUUGAGCAGAUGCUACAAGAUUAUGAUGAAUGGGUUCAAAAGCAAUUGUAUUGUCUAAAUCAGUCUUCUAAAUAG